CUUUGAGAGACUCGUGUGUUUGUUUUGGUUGGGAGCUAACGUACUUUAGCUGACAUUUCUGAUGUGUCUUUGAUUCCGUUGCGUUUAGCUCACACUGACAGCUGGCGACAUGCUGACGACGGAUGAUUUCACGCACUUCCCGCUCCAGAUGUGGGAGAAGGUGCUGUCGAAGGUAAAGAAAGCUGUUGUUUUUAUGGACGACAAGUGUGCAGAGGCUCUACAUUGGAGCGGGGGUGCUGCCCUCCUGUUGGAGGCUGGAGCCAGAAAUUUAAAAGAGUUUUCGAGCUUUGAAGCCUGCGCUGCGAAUGAACCGAAAGCCGUGUUUGUGGUGAGCACUCUGUUGAAGGGCAGAACAAUCGACAUCAUUAAAGACAUCAUAUCCCUCAGUCACUUCCAGUACUGUGUUGUCAUCACCACCGUGGCUCACUCCGUGCACCUGCUCGCCAACAAUGUCACGACAGAAAUGGAAAGCAACCCUGUGUUUGAGCAGUUUGAGGAAAAGCUGUGCGAGUGGAUGGGAAACAUGAACUACACGGCUGAAGUCAUGCAUGUCCCAGUGGUGUUCGCCCCUGUAUCACAGCAGCUACUCCUCACACCCAUGUUUGCUCACCUGUUUCCCCUGCUCUCACCUGAUCUGGAGUCAAUAAAUGCAAAACGACCAGAGAAGAAGAGAUUUGGAAGCCUGGUUGAUGUAGACGUGCACUCUCUCCCGGUUGAACUGCAACUUGAAAUCAAGUCCUUGGCUGCAGUUUUGAAUUCAGUGUUUGAGGCGACAGGCACCAGGGAAGAGAGUUUUGCUGUGGGUCCAAUGAGCCGCAUCAUAGCGGGGGAACUGGCCAAUCACCCUCAAGCCAAAAACCGAAGGAAGACAGCCCCUAAUAAAGCAUCAAUCAUCUUUGUGGACCGAACAAUGGAUCUCACAGGAGCUGUUGGUCACCAUGGAGACAACCUGGUGGAGAAGAUUCUGACUGUGCUCGAACCCUUACCUGGUCAUGUGACAGACGUACAGGUGGACAUGCUGGAGCUCACAAGUCUGCAGCGAACCCCUGACUCCCAGACCACCCUGGCCCCUGGCUGUCUCGCACAGACCCAGUCAACUGCAGCACAGUCACUAUGGGAGGCCAUGCUGACCAAUAAACAUAAAGAGGGGGUGAUGGAGGUCCGUCGGCAACUAGUGGAAACAGCCAGCAAGGAGAAGCUGCCAAUCAAGAUGAGCAUGGGCCGUGUGACCCCCGAGCAGCUUUGCUCCUACGUGCAGCUGUUCCGGAGCAGUUGGGGGUCACUAGAGAAUCACUGCGGGGUGCUCCAGCUGGGCCUUGCCACGGCCCAAACACUCCGCCACCCCAGCCUGCCCCGCUGGGAUGCCUGUCUGGCGUUCGAGAGGCUGCUGCUGCAGGCUCUUGGAGACUCUGAUUUCCCUGCUGUGCUAAGGCAGCUGUUGCCCUUGAUGAAGCCCUGUGGAGGCGAGGACAGCGCGGCCUCGGGGUCGAGGUCCAGGGACGAUGAAUGCGGGCCUGACGAGCUGAUCCUCCUGCUGACUUACCUGUACUCCCUGGCUGACGAGGCGCAGCCCACAGACCAGGAUACUGAGGAAGAGGAGCUGGAGAAGCUGGAGAGGGAGCUGAUAGGAGCGCUCACCCUGGUCAUCACCCUAGAGCCCCAACUCAGCCCCUUGCUCCAGAAACUCACAGGUUGUGCAAACCCAGAAGAGCUGACAACAGAGCGAGCCCAUACUGCUGUGGAGGAGAUGUUCGAGACCCUCCGAGGUUUAAGCCACACCAGAGACCACCUGAAGCAGCUGCGCUCCGUCUACACCGCCAGCGAUGGAGUUCACCAGGCUACCUAUCGUCCAUUCCUGCAGCAGAUCCUGGAAGAAGUCUUCCACCCUGACAGACUUGAGUGUCCUGACAUUGAGCAUAUGUCCGGAGGCCUCACAGACCUGCUCAAGACCGGCUUCAGCAUGUUCAUGAAGGUGAGUCGUCCACAUCCCAGCGACAACCCUCUGCUCUUCCUCUUCCUGGUUGGUGGAGUCACGCCCUCAGAGCUUCGCCUCAUCAAAGAGAUUGUUAGCGCACACAAACCGGGGACCCAGGUGCUGGUUCUGUCCACGAGAUUACUGAGGCCGACUGAUAUCCCAGAGAUGCUCUUCACCACCCAAAGACUGCUGCCUGAUAUCGGUUUCUAAAAGGCCGUCACGUGGAAACGCACGCAUGCACACGUGGAAGGGCAUGUGCGCCGCAACACCUCGUCAGGUGUGAGUCGCGCUCGAGAAAUGAGAUGCAAGUGGAAAUCAAGGAGAUGAUCCGCAAACAAAGCAACAUUCCUAUCCUGUUUAUUUCUCUGAGAGACAGUAAAGAAAAUGUACAUUUUUGUGUGUGACUGACAAUAUCGCUCUUCUGCCCCCAAACAGAACUUUGUCCAAAGCCACUUAAGUGAGAUGUGUAAAAUUACACUCAGGUACUGCUUGUAUCAAAUGUCAAUAAAAAUAAAAUCUUUUCACACACA